AAGCCCCCCUUUCUACUCGGCUUACUCCAUACUUAAAAUCCCGCAAUGCGUGCUCCUUGAUGUGCUGCCCGUGGAGCUCCGUCCGCCUCCACCUCGAGAAGGAGACGAAGAAAGAUCCCAACCACCAGAUCAAUUCGCACACGAAACCAAUCACAGUCAAGUAUCGUCUCAAGGUCCAAAGAUUUUGGUAUCCCUAGCCCUGGGAGCUCCAGCUCCGGCUCCAAGCGCUUUAGCUCGAUUCAAUUCCUUCUUCAAUCGCUGUGUGGGCGUCUCUCUCUCUCUCCCUGCUCGAGAUGCUGUCUCUGAGCUGCCCAGGGGUGUCGUCCAUGAGCAAGACGGCGCUCGAUUUGGGGCAGCUGGUGGCCCCCUGCCGCAGCCGCUGUACCGGCGCGUGGGCGUCGCCCAGACGGCGGCGCACGCCAUGUGUUUGCUUCGUUGCCUCACUGGCCACCGCCCAGCCUGGAACUGCGGCUGUUGAUGUGCCGGCACGGACGAUUCCUGCUGUGACAACAGCAAGCGCCCCUGCCCCUGAACGCACUUCUGUUUCUUCGCUGCUCGAGGUUGUCUCGGACGACUUGCUCAACCUCAACAACAAUCUCAAAUCGCUUGUUGGUGCAGAAAAUCCAGUUUUAGUUUCUGCAGCAGAACAAAUUUUCGGUGCUGGUGGAAAGAGAUUAAGACCAGCAUUAGUUUUUCUGGUGUCCAGAGCAACUGCUGAAUUAGCUGCUUUGUCGGAGCUAACUACUGAACAUCAGCGCUUGGCUGAGAUCAUAGAGAUGAUUCAUACUGCAAGUCUAAUACAUGAUGAUGUCAUAGACGAUAGUGGGAUGCGAAGAGGAAAAGAAACAAUCCACCAGCUCUAUGGCACACGGGUGGCUGUGCUCGCUGGCGAUUUUAUGUUUGCACAGUCUUCUUGGUUUCUUGCAAACCUAGAAAACAUUGAAGUCAUCAAGCUCAUCAGCCAGGUAAUCAAGGAUUUCGCUAGUGGUGAGAUAAAGCAAGCAUCAACACUUUUCGACUGCGACGUCACGCUCGACGAUUAUCUGCUGAAGAGCUAUUACAAGACCGCUUCUCUGAUCGCGGCAAGCACAAGGUCUGCCGCCAUAUUCAGCGGCAUGGACACCACCAUCUGCGAGCAGAUGUACGAAUACGGCAGGAACCUGGGGCUCUCCUUCCAGGUCGUGGACGACAUCCUCGACUUCACCCAGUCAGCGGAGCAGCUCGGGAAGCCAGCGGGGAGUGACCUGGCGAAAGGAAACCUGACGGCUCCGGUGAUCUUCGCGCUGCAAGACGAGCCACGGCUGCGGGAGAUCAUCGACUCUGAGUUCAGCGAGCCGGGAUCCCUGGCGGCCGCGGUCGAGCUCGUCCACCGGAGCGGCGGUAUCAGGAGAGCUCAGGAGCUCGCUGAGGAGAAAGGCGCGCUGGCGAUUCAGAGCCUGCAGUGCCUUCCGAGGAGCGAGUUCAGAAGCGCCCUCGAGAGGGUGGUGCACUACAAUCUCCAGCGGAUUCAAGAAACUGUUCUGGACGACCACGACGUUGACAUGACUUAUUUAUGUAUAGAUAUGCAAUACUUCCUGAUCAUGGAAUAUACUGCUGAGAUAUACUGCAUGCAUGAGCAAGUACCAUUCAUCUGUUGUGUGGUGCUGGUGCUCUGCUGUCUGGCGGGUGCUGAGUGCGGCGGAAGCGAGGGGGCGCGGGGUUUUCGUUUGGAACCGGCGGUGGGGCGGCAGAUCCGGCCAGAGGAGAUGCAGCAGGACCAGCGGAACAAGACUUCUGCAGAGGCCGACUUCUUCACAGAGUACGGGGAUGCAAACCGGUACAAGAUCCAAGAAGUCAUUGGUAAGGGAAGCUAUGGGGUUGUCUGCUCUGCCAUUGAUCUUCACACCCGGCAGAGAGUGGCGAUCAAGAAGAUACACAAUAUCUUUGAGCAUGUCUCCGAUGCCGCGAGGAUCCUCCGUGAGAUCAAACUUCUGAGGCUCCUAAGGCACCCUGAUAUUGUUGAGAUCAAGCACAUUAUGUUACCUCCAUCGAGAAAGGACUUCAAGGAUAUUUAUGUUGUUUUUGAGCUUAUGGAGUCCGAUCUCCACCAAGUUAUAAAGGCCAACGAUGACUUGACCAAGGAGCAUUACCAGUUCUUUCUCUACCAGUUACUUCGGGCCCUCAAAUACAUCCAUACUGCUAAUGUUUAUCACCGUGACCUGAAGCCCAAGAAUAUUUUAGCAAACUCUAACUGCAAAUUGAAAAUAUGUGACUUUGGACUAGCCCGGGUCGCAUUCAAUGAUACCCCAACAACAGUCUUCUGGACGGAUUAUGUUGCAACAAGGUGGUACAGAGCUCCAGAGCUCUGUGGAUCCUUCUUCUCCAAGUAUACACCAGCUAUUGACAUUUGGAGCAUUGGAUGCAUAUUUGCUGAGGUGUUGACAGGGAAGCCUUUAUUUCCUGGUAAAAAUGUUGUUCAUCAGCUAGAUUUGAUGACUGAUCUUCUAGGCACACCAUCAACGGAUACAAUUUCUCGGGUUCGGAAUGAGAAAGCAAGAAGGUACUUGAGCAGCAUGAGAAAGAAGGAUCCUGUUCCAUUUUCUCAGAAGUUUCCUAGUGCAGAUCCUUUGGCACUUAAACUAUUAGAAAAGCUAUUAGCGUUUGAUCCAAAGGACCGUCCAACAGCAGAAGAGGCAUUGCGUGAUCCAUACUUCAAAGGUCUUUCCAGGAUUGAAAGAGAACCAUCCUGUCAGCCAAUCAGAAAAGUGGAAUUUGACUUUGAGCACAAAAGAAUGUCAAAGGAAGAGAUAAGAGAGUUGAUAUUCCGUGAGAUACUGGAAUAUCACCCUCAAUUGCUGAAUAGCUACAUUAAUGGCACAGAGAGGACAACCUUUCUCUACCCAAGCGCUGUCGAUCAAUUUAAGAAGCAGUUUUCUCAUCUUGAAGAAAGUGGUGGUAACGUCCCAUCAGUUCCAACAGACAGGAAACACGCAUCCCUGCCCAGGACUACUGUUGUUCACUCGAAUCCAAUUCCUGCCAAGGAACAACCUCUUGCUGCCUCAUCAAAGGUUAGACCAGUCUCUGAUGAUUCAUGUAAGAAUCCUUGGGAGAAAGGAAGUGGUCCUGGAAAUGUUCCCAGGGCAUCUCUGGCUCCACAAGGGCUGCAAACACAAGCAGCAGGAUCAGUAAGAGUUAAUGGUUCAGUGAUGAAUUCAGGGUAUCCUCCUCAUCAACAGAUCCCACAAGCAUAUGGUUACCGCCAAAUGCCUGCAAGAUUGGACAGUACGAACCCAUCACAGGCCAUGGGAGGUUACACACAGCAGUCGCAGGCUUAUGCUUUUUCAAACAGCAAAGGCUCGCCUGAUGUGGCUGUGAACAUGAGAGCACCCCCGUUCCAUCUUCCAUCUGGACCGAAGAAUAACCCAUUAGAUAGGAUAGCAUCUGACACUGACAUAUACACAAGAUCCCUUAACGGCAUUGUUGCUGCCGCCGCGGCAUCAGUAGGCGCUGGCACUCACCGAAACGUUGGCGUUGUGCCAUCUGGCAUGUCAAGGAUGUAUUAGCUGCUGAUAUGCUGGCCACAGCUUCUCCAGGACUAGCCUGCAAGAAGUGGCGUAUGGUAUAAGUAGUAAUUCAUAAGAGGUGAUCACAUAGAGUCUUGGACUCUAAAACAUGUUGUUUUUACGCCAUGUAUUGAGGCUAAAAUGUGCCAGUUUGCGCACAAUGAAGGAUUGAUCAAUUCAUUUAA